AGGACGCCGUUUGGAAUGAACACCCUCCGGGGUGGAGGAGGCCCUGCCCCUCCCGGCGGAGCUCAGCCGGCCCGGGGCGGGCCCGGCCCCGGGGGCGGGGAGGUGGCGGGGCGGGGAGGUGGAGGCAUCCCGGCCCACUUCAGCGGAGGCGGCGGCUGCGGGCGCGGUGCAAUGGCGGGGUGGGCGCUGGGGGCCGUGGCGCUGGUGCUGCUGGCGGCGCCGCCCGCGGCCGUGGUGGCCGACACGCCGGCCAACUGCUCCUUCGCCGACCUGCUGGGCGCCUGGGAGCUCCGCGUCUGGCGGGCCGGCGGCCGCCACGGCAACUGCUCGCAGGCGGGGCCUGUGGAGAAAAAGGUGCUUGUCAACCUUCAGAAGUUAGAUGUGGCUCAAGAUAGUCUGGGCAACUAUGGUUUCUUCACUUUGAUUUACAAUCAAGGCUUUGAAAUUGUGAUAAAUGACUACAAGUGGUUUGCAUUUUUUAAGUACAAAAAAGAAGGCCAGAAUGUAACCAGCUACUGUAAUGAGACUCUACCAGGAUGGGUACAUGAUGUACUUGGCCACAAUUGGGCUUGUUUCAUUGGACAGAAGAUUACUUCAUCUCCUUCAGAUGUUCACAUAAACGAGCUGCCUCUCCAGAAGCCCAGGGGAAGACUUUCAGGCAGGCGUUAUGUGCACAACUCUGAUUUCGUAAAUGCUAUCAAUGCUCAUCAGAAGUCGUGGAGAGCAGCAAGAUACAAGGAGUAUGAGCAUUUUGCCCUGGAAGAACUAACUAGAAGAGCUGGGGGUCUCUAUUCCAGAGCUUCAAGACCAAAGCCUGCACCUCUAACACCUGAAUUACUAAAAAAAGUUUCAAGCUUGCCAGAAUCCUGGGACUGGAGAAAUGUGAAUGGUGUCAAUUAUGUCAGCCCUAUUCGGAAUCAAGGCUCAUGUGGCAGCUGUUAUGCAUUUUCCUCCAUGGGCAUGCUGGAAGCAAGAAUACGUAUCCUUACAAACAAUACUCAGAAACCGAUCUUUAGUCCGCAGCAGGUUGUGUCUUGCAGCCAGUAUUCUCAGGGUUGUGAUGGUGGCUUCCCAUAUCUCAUUGCUGGAAAGUAUGUCCAAGACUUUGGUGUGGUGGAAGAGGACUGCUUCCCUUACACAGCCCAAGAUUCUCCAUGCCUUUUCAAACGCAGCUGUUACCACUACUACACUUCAGAGUACCACUACGUUGGUGGUUUCUAUGGAGGCUGCAAUGAAGCCCUGAUGAAACUUGAGCUUGUUCAGCAUGGGCCAAUGGCUGUUGCCUUUGAGGUUUAUAAUGAUUUCAUGCUUUAUAAAGAGGGGAUCUACCAUCAUACUGGGCUGCAAGAUGACUCAAAUCCUUUUGAAUUGACCAAUCAUGCUGUCUUGCUGGUGGGCUAUGGUGCAGACCCAGAAAGUGGUGAGAAAUUCUGGAUUGUGAAGAACAGCUGGGGCACCUCAUGGGGAGAAGAUGGUUACUUCAGAAUCCGCCGUGGCACUGAUGAAUGUGCAAUUGAAAGCAUUGCAGUGGCUGCAACUCCUAUUGCAAAAUUAUAAAUGUAGAGGUCUUCAUCCAGUGCCUUGUCCUGAGCCAUAUGAACAUACCAGUUGUUGAAGACUAUGCUUAAAAUCUGUCCCCUAGCUUGAACAGGACAGCUUUAAUGAAUUUUUCCAGAACAGAGCAGUUUCCCUAUGUGAGAGGAUGAACACUGUUAAUUCUGCUCUAUGCACUGAAGGCUUCCUCUCGAGUCUGAUGGUAGAUGACAUAGAAUGGCUGUUUUGGUAGCAGUGGUGAUUAGUUAUUCAUCACUAGAUAUACAUCUUCAGUUACCAGUUGCAUUUUUUUCCAUGGACAAUCUUGACCUUCAGAGCUCAGAGGGAAGUCUCUGCUGUGGUAAUCUGUAACUGCUUUGAAAGGACACUGUAGUGCCUUACUUCUCAGAAAUCAGGAAGUCACUGCAAUUUAGAACAAAUGUGUGGAUUGGGGAGGGAAUGGGCAAUUACACUGAUUAAAAGGAAAUUUUAAAGCUUUAAGUGUCCUGUGAAAACUGCAUGUCAAACCCUUAUGACAAUAGAAAUCAAGUCUAUGUUUCAGGCUGUUACUGAAUGUUCCAGUUCUGGAUUUUAUUGCUGUGCUUUGCAAUUGAUCAUUUCAGAGUUCAAUAAAAAUUACCCCACUCCUAUAGGAGUUA